UUUCGAAGUUCCAUUGGCGGUCACACUACCUGUCUCCAUUUUUGCAAAGAUGUCCUUUAAGCCCAUUGAUCCGAAGCGCGAUGAGAUCCGGCGCUACCUGGAGCGCGGCAGCGUCCUGGACUCGCUGACCAAGAUCUUCAUACGCGUGAUUAAGGAGCGGCCCGAGAAUCCGAUGGAGUACAUCCGCAACCACAUCGGCGUGGUGCGCCACCAGCACGACAAGUACGAGCGCCUGCAGCAGGACCUGCAGCUGGCCAACGAGGAGAUCCAGCGGCUGCGUGGCAUCAUCAACAGCAUCAAUCCCGAGGUGCUCCAGGGCCACACGCCCUUGGUUUCCAGUGAGGUGGUUGUGGUGCCGGAGGUGCCGCAAGAAGAAGCCGUGGCAGAGCCCACUGAAGUGGUGGAGCCGCAGGAGAACGGGGAGAUCCAGAGCCCAGAGAAGCCUGGAGAAAGUGCAUCCGCCGUGGCCGAGGUAACAGCUGCCGUGGAGGCCUGCCAGAUUGAGGAGAACCCAGUGGCUGCUGCUCCUCCUCCUUCCAAUGUGGAUGCCCCUCAGCCCAGUUCAUCCGUCCAAGAAGAGGCCACCAGCUCCCAGGAGUAGAUCUCAUCACACUAAAAAGACAUCCCAUUAGAAACGCAUCCAUUUAGAACAAAUGUUAAGUAUUUUCCUAAAUGUAAAUGUAAAUAAAGCGAAAUGCAAAAAAAUAUGCCGA